AGUACUCUUUCCACAUCACUACCGCCAAGCACAUUUUUCUGUGGGUUAACAAUUUGAGCUUCAUUAAAAAUCUAAACGUGAAAUGUACGAGUUGAAAACUUUGCUGCCACAAUUCGAUAUUAAACUGCCCACCUGCAUGUACGAAUUAAGGAAUGUCAGCCUCUCCGCCGGCGCUACACCAGGCCCAGCAAAGGGCCAUAGAAUUCGAUGCAGUCGCGCAACGGAGAAUGAGAGCAACAUUUCAAAAUCAGUCAAUUGUGCACUUGAUUUGGACAUUUUAGGCCGACAAAUACAACAUUUGCUAAAGCACGAAGACACAAACGCUGUAGUGGAGCGUCAAGAGAAGGUACUGAAGCAGCUGGAGGAGCUCAAGGCGCAGUUGGGUCAAAUACGCAAAAGUUUGGGUGUCCGUGUCUGCGGCAAGACCUUUCAGCAUACGACAGCUUAUCAGAAUGGCGGACUUAAAGAGGAGCCACUGCAUGAUGUUGUCGUUAAUGGUCAUCCCAAUUUCAUACCUUAUGCGCUGUUGGCAUUGAAGAACGCCUGGCGCGAUCUGUACACCAUCGAUGUGAAAACCUUCACUCACUCGACAAUGGCGGAUAUUGGGCCAGCGGCGCACGACUUUGAGGCCAAAUUGGCCAAGGUGGCUGUCAAUGCGGCGUUGCCCAAGAUCAAUGUGACACUCAUAUGGAAGAACUGCGAACACACUGAAAUGAUCAGCUCACCCACAAUGUAUGUGCCCAUUUAUGGCGAGGUGAAUAUCAUAAGGUAUUUGGGCCGUGUCGGCCCCAACGAAUAUCGCUAUGAAAGCUCGCCGCUGUGCAAUGAAAUCGAUGCUGUGCUGGACAUUUGCUAUCAACUGUUGCGCUGCAGCACACACAAGAGCCAGGUGGCCAUGGUGCGAUUGCUGGACAAGCGGCUGCAGCAGCAACAAUAUUUUGGUGGCGAUCAAAUGUCCGUUGCGGAUAUUGGUGUCUAUAGCUCCCUGAUACGCAUGCCUGCCAUUACGGAAAAGGAUCUUACGCCAGCGCUGCUGGCAUGGCGCAAGCGCGCCAAGCUCAUAACCCAAAUCUAAAAGAUAAUGAAAAGUUGAGCAAAUAAAUCGUUAGCAAUAUAAUUACAACAAA